UAUUUAUAUUAUUUUUUUCACUAGACACAAAAUAUUUUCCAUAACAGUUAAUAAUAUACAAUAUGUCAGAAAAAGCAAACGAUAAUAAACCUGGACAAGGUGCUUUGCAAGCAAUGGCAAAUUUAGAUAAAUCAGAGAUAGUUUUCAAAAAACCUUUAACAGCAAGUGUUAAAAAAAAUCCAAAAAGAAGAAAGAUUAAAGUUUUAGAUGAGGAUACCUAUAUAGAGGAAUUAGGUAAAAUAAUCCAACGGGACUUUUUUCCAGAUCUGGAAAAGCUUAAAGCUCAGAAUGAUUAUCUGGAAGCAAUUGAACGCAAUGAUGUUGUUAAAAUGAGAGAAUUGUAUGCAAAAUAUAGUUCAGGAAAACCUCUUUCAACACGAGUGGCAAGUCCAGCUACAUUUGAUACACAUACAAAACCAAAUGAAACUCCUAAUCCAUUAUCCAAUGAUGCAUAUAACAAUGAAUGUGAAGAUAAUUCUAUGAAUAAUGAUACGAAACCAAAACAAUCUUUAGAUGAAUAUCUAUGUACACACACAAGUGAAGAUAACAUGAGUUUUCAAGAUAUAAUGGAUGCAGCAGAAAUGAAAUUGCGUCAAAAAUUUAAUGUUUUAUAUGGCGUUGAAGAUAAGAAUCCCAAACUUCUGAGUGAUAUGUUAACAUUGCCUAGUUUUGAAGAACAACUGGCUUUGAGAGAUAAACCAAAAACAUUGCAUACUUGGACCUAUACAAAUAAAAAUUAUAUAAUGUAUGUGCCUGAUAGUGUUGAAUUAACAAAAGAGGAGAAAAUCGAAAUGGCCAAAUUGAAGCAGGAAAUUUCACAUUGUAACACAAGACUCAAUUGUAAUCCUUUUGAUGAACAACAAAGUAAAGAAACCAUCUCAGAAAUUGCAAAAAUGCAGAAACGUACUUUGGAUGGUCGCAUAGGAGUUGAUGGCAACACAUUAACAACUGGAACUAGGGCUGAUAUCAGAGGAUAUGGAUUUGUUGCAACACCUUCUCCAAAUCCAUCAGCAAUGGGUGAUAGCCCCCUAAUGACUUGGGGUGAAAUUGAAGGAACUCCUUUUCGACUUGAUGGAAGUGGAACACCAUUAAGAUCCAGUUCAGGCCCAGCUUUCAAAAUAGCUGAACAACCCAGAAGAGAGAAAAUUGCAAUGGCAUUAGCAGAAAAGGCGGGAGAAAGGCAUAGAGGUUUGAAGAAAAAAGCAAUGGAUGCUGCUAAAAGGCAAAUGACUAGCCCAUCUCCAAGACCUUCAUCUAGCCUCGAACGAUUGGCAUCUAUGUCACCAGCAGCUAGACGCUUGGUGACAGGAAAAUUGGUGUCAGGACCUUCAAGUAUUGGUAUAUCAACACCAUCACCAGUCUACAAAUCAUUUUCAACUCCAAAACAUAAAACAACACCCACUGUAAAUCUUAAAAUAAAAUCCACACCUGAUAGGAAAUCUACACCAAAAAUUAUUACUGCAGGGGCUAAUAACAAUCUCACAGACGAUUUAUUGAAGAUACCACCUGUCAGAAAAUCAGCAUCAGAUUUUUUUUAGAUUUAAAUUGAUCUGGGUUAUACUAAUAUUUAUAAAAUAAAGAGAAAAUCAUAUUCAUGUUAAUACUGUACAUAAUGUUCUAGAUU